UUGAGGCUAGUCAAAUUCGGAAAUUGGAAUAGAAAAUCAUACUUUGUAGUCAAUUAUAAAAUAUCGCAUGGAUUCUAGGUGCAAAUGGUGUCAAGACUUUUCCUCCUGUCUAUCACAUUUGCUUGUCAAUUAAAUUUCGCCUUAUUGUUAGUGAAAUUUGUCACCUGUUAUUGUUCCGGUUCAAAGUAUUGCAGCGCGUUGAAUUUGACAACAUCAUGGAACAGUACCAUCAAAAUGAACACCCCAACCAGAGACUUUUUACGUCGGCCAGAUGGGGUGCGUAGACGAUCAGCUCGUCAAGCAUUAGCAGUAAUCCCUGAUAUGGCUGGGUUGACAGUGUCUCCGGGUGAAGUUAUUACCUUAGACGCAAAUGCUUUGGAUAAUAUUGCUAACAGCCGCCAUGGACUGGACUCUUGGAGUCCUGCUCCCAGUCCGGAUGAACUUGUCAUCCAAAAACGUGGACGACGUCGCAAAACCAUCGUAUGGUCACCAGAUGUUGAUGCACGCAAGCGAGAUAGUCUGUUCAGCUUGAGCUCAAGGGAUCGUACACCGGUAAAAAGUCCCACAAAGUCUAACAUCAUACUCAGGAGUACACCAAGAAAAAGAUUGAUGUUGGGAGGAGACAAUAAUGAACAACAUUUGAGUACUCCUGAAAAGCAGAUUAAAAUUCCUAUUGAUUCAUACAAAGUGGUACCGAUCAAAUUAGAAAGCGAGCCCAACCAUGUAAAGCAAUCUCCUACAACUGUCAAUGAAUUAUUAAAAGGGUUGAGUCAUGAACAAUUGGUCAAAAUGAUAAUGAAUCUUAUAUCAAUGCAAGAGGAUGGUAUGCUACCUUCUGACGAAACACUGCGAGAUGUUAUUUUCAAACAAAUUCCAAAAGCCGACAUAAAACCUUUAGAACAAAAAUUAAAUUACUUGAAGCAAAAUAUUUACACGAGUUUAUUCUCAUCCAACAUGGACCCCAUGAGUUACAGCCGUGCCGUUGUUCAUCUGGAUGCAUAUCAGGCAGCCCUGAUAUCCCAAGGAAAGCUUCUGGUCGAGACUCAUCACUGGACAGCUGCAAUGGAAUAUAUAUUUUCUGCAUGGGCUGUAACGAAAGAUAUUCCAAAAUGGGAAAAUGAAGCGUACAACAAUUCUGGGCGCAACUGUUUCAAAGCCUUAUCUCGCUUUUGUGCGGCUGCCUUGCAACAUGGGACUUUUUCAUCCCAAGAAUUAGAAGCUUACGAAAAACGGCUUGAGAGUAUGUCAUCAGAUCAUGGAGAUCUUCGAGUAUGCAUACAGCUUGCAAAGGAUAAGUUAACCAAGGCAAAUAAAUAAUUCAUUUUUUUAUCAUUUUCUGUCAGAAAACUAUAUUGUGAUUAUUAGUAUAUGUAUGUAUAAAGUUGAAAACCGGUGACAAUUUACAUUCUACGCAAAAAGAUUUAUAACUUUGAAGGGGGCUAUUUAUCUGACAGGACGAAAUGAGGAUUUCAAAAUAUAAGACGAUUUUUCGAAAGAAAUAAUAUUUUUACGUUAUCAGAAAAAUAGAGAGAAAAAAACUUUCGCAGCUACCGUAUACCCUCUUCUCUACUUUGUCACUUGUCUUUGACUGCCUCAAAAAUCACAUUGUGCCUUUUCUUACGUACAAAUUAACGUAAAGUAUCGACAAUUUUUUCGUGUGAUUUUAUAUGGUUUAAACUAUCAUAGCUUUGUUAAAUUUAAUAUUUUAACUAAAAUACUGUAACUGUAUGACCAGUGAUGCUACUACUUACAAAUUAAUCUUAGGGAAUAAGGUUGUUUUUUUUUAACUAGUAUAACAAUUAAAAUACCUGUAUCAUCGGAUACGAGGAGCCUAACACAAACAUACUGGAUAACGUUAUAAAGCAUAUCCGGCAUCAUGGUGACAACGUUUUUUUCUCGUAAUUGUACACGAAUUAUACGUCUUUUAGAAAUUUGUUGUAGAUUGAAAAAAUAGAGUUGUAUUGAAAGAACAAAAAAAGGAAUAAAUAAAUAUCAAUACGAGGUA